CAAAAAGCCUAUAAAUACGAUAACGAUCUAUUAUUACCACACCAGUUUAAGAUUUUCAGACUCAAGAAAGUGUAAACCUUCUUCCUCCCUAAAAAUGACGAUUCCGGUUAUUGACUUCUCAAAGCUCAACGGCGAAGAGAGACCUACGACAAUGUCACAGAUUGCAAAUGGAUGUGAAGAAUGGGGAUUCUUUCAGUUGGUGAAUCAUGGGAUUCCAGUAGACCUUCUGGAGAGGGUGAAGAUGGUGAGCUCUGAGUGCUACAAGCAAGAGAGGGAAGAUAACUUUUUCAAGAACUCUGCACCAGUAGACCUUCCUAUAACGCAACCAUUGAACCUGCAACCCAACUUGUAAAGAAAUUAGAAAACGAAGCGGUUAAAUUCGGAUACCCAAAGUUUCUUUUUGGUGACUACAUGUCUGUGUAUACGGAACAAAAGUUUCUCCCAAAAGAACCAAGGUUCCAGGCUGUGAGAACUGAGUCGGCAGAUAAACAUCAUGCAACUUCUUUAAAGAAAUAACAAAAUCGCUAAAUCUAUGAUAACCAAAAUGCUUGGUGUUUUAAGCUUUAACAGAAGUGGCAAAAGUGUUGCUACUAUGCAGAAUAGUGCACGAAGUUUUAUUGGGUGUACUGUGUUAGUCAUAUUGUAUGAUUUCUACGUUAAAACAAAUCUUUUUUAAUGUAAAAUGUACUUUGUGAUGUACGUAACUUGUAAGGACCGCACGUUGGUGACUCUUGGGUCUGUUGACUUUUAAUAGAUUACUUCGAUA